AUGACUAUCACCACAAAUCCAUCCUCUCCUAGUACUCCUCAUAGUACAAAAUCCUCUCCCUCCGCCUCCUCUUCCUUUCCAACUCUAACUCAUUCUCUCCCAACAAGCACAACAACAAGCACGGUUGUUCCGAAACAAGUUUGCCUUCUCAUUGAUACGACCUCCAUGAUGCAACAAUAUUAUGGCGACUUCUUAAAAAAAAUAAUUCAUCCUUUUUUAGAAGCUCUUGCUGGAACUCAAAGCAACAAUAAUAAUGGCAGUAUCACUACUAUGUCUUCUCAAGGAAAGAAUGAAAAUGUAACAACACAAAUGAAUUUGAUUUCAAAUUCGAACGUAGAAUUUGGAGCAGUGUUAUUUCAGAAUCAUCCUCCAUUUGGAGAUUUUUUGGUGAGAGUCAUUCCAUUUGUGAGAAAUGUUGGAUCAAUUUCUCAUUUACUUGAAGGUUUGGAAAGAAAAUUUAAAGGAGGCGGUGUACGGGAUACAUGUCUUGCUGAAGCAUUGGCUGCAGCUUACACAGAUUUACAAUGGGAAAAAGACUCUCUAAAAUAUUGCCUCAUUUGCUCAUCGACUCCAUCCGACCAUCCAUGCACCUUACCGGGGCCAUUUAUUGGCAAACCUGCUUCAUUUAUCGUUCGAGAAAUGGUUAAAAAAAGUGGAGUAUUAUUCUCAAUCAUUACACCUUUUCGUAGUGCCAAAUGGAAAUCUAUUUUUGAAAGUAGUAAGAUACUUUCAGGAAAAGGACCCAUUGGAGUGUCUGUGAAAAAAGAAGGCCCCAACAGUAUGGAGACUGAAAAUUUGAGUCAUGAAAAAUUGAAUAUCGCGAAUGGAUGUUUUGAAGGAACAAAUUUAUCUCAAGAAGUUUCAUCAAAAGAACACCUUGUACGAUUAAUUUUGGAAAAUGCUGCCAAAGUAACCAAUACUAAGACUUUAAAUUUACUAGGAUUUAAGGAUACUUUUAUUGAAUUGAGAGGAAUUGUUUUAAAUCCACAAAGUUAUGCUGCAAGUACUGCCACUGCGACAACAGGAGCGAGCGCCACUACUAUGACGACUACUGGUGCAAGUACUGCUACAAAUGGUAAUAACCUACAACCAUUGCUUCCAUUCACUAUUACCACAAAACAUUCACCGAGUCCGACCACAACGGGCUCUUCUCCAGGCAUGGUGUCACAACAAACUGGAACAAAAUUGUCACCCUCUUCGAAAGAUGCUACUACUUCAAUUAUUGGUACCACAACCGAGUCCAAAGAUUCUACUGGUUCCAUCUCGAGUCCAAUCUCAACCAUCUCAUCCCCCAAUACUUCCACAGCUACAACACCAGAAAACACUUCAACAAGUUCAACCACCCAUCAACAAGGCGUAUUUAUUCACAAACUUACCCUAAAUGUUGAAGGUUCCCAUCUCUUAGGAUCUUUUGAACUUUAUGCCAAAACCAAUGAUUUUGAAAAUGUUUCCAAAUGGCCCAAAGAAUAUGAAAUGAAAAAAUCUGUCUAUUUGAUUAAGCAAAAUGGAUUAGUAUUGAUCAUUAAGAAGCAAAUACCACUGUGUUACUGGAAGGUUGUAUCAGAGUCUCCAAAGUUUCUCCAACACAUGAAAGCCAUCAUUUCCAAGAAAUUUUGUCUUGUCAUUAACAUUGAUGAGAAGAAAUCCAUGAUUGUAUAUCCGUAUCAGAUUUAUAAGGCCAUACGAAAACAACAACCUCUUUCCACAGAGGCAUCAAAAUCAGAACCUAUUUUUGUUUCCUGUGUUUUGGAUACACCUAUUGUGGAGAAGCUUGUCGAUCGAAUUCAAGUAUCUUCCUCAUCCUCAACCUCAACAACGAACCCAACAGCAUCCGCUACAGCAUCUACUAAUGUACCGACAAGUACCACAAGUGCUGCAACAACCACAGCGGGCACUGCCACCAUUGCAAAUCCUGCCACACUCGCACCGACCAUUGUCAAACCACCAAGCACCGCCUCUGGCACCACUGCUGGAAUGCCUCCAGGAAUGCCUAUUGGUCUUUAUCCAUUUCCUUAUGCCAUGGGUAUGAUACCAACGGGAAAUAUGGCCAUGAUGAAUUUACCGUAUGGUCAAUUUAUGUUGGGAAUGCCAAAUCUUACAGGUGGAGUGACACCAAUGCCAACAUCAACCACUGGAAAUAUUGUCAAUACAACUACAAACACAAACAACAACAACAAUAAUUCUGGCAACAAAAAGUAG